CAACUUACAUCUACUUAGGUACCUACUUAUUAAAUAUUUCUACUUAUUUACAGAUCCGCUAGGCCUUCUUAUGGGGACUCUGCUGUUGGAUGGGUGCAAGUUCGAAGGGAUAAAAAUGUGUGCACAGUUAAAGCUAAAAUGACACCUGAACACAAUGUGAGGAAAACACAAUAUGCUGUAACUUGCAAUAUUGAUGAGGAAUGUGAAAAGGUGUUAAAUAUUCAGUGCCAUGACUGUGCUGCCUCUUCAGGUGGAUGUAAGCAUUCCAUAGCACUCUUGAUGUGGCUUCACAGAAGGAGUGAAGAACCUUCUCCAACUGAAGUUGCUUGUUACUGGGCAAAGAGUAAACUUUCCAAAGUUGGAACUUCGGUUAAAUACCUAACUUUGAAGGAUUUUGGAGCACAAGAAGAACUGAGCUCAGAUGAAGAAAGCUCACUUUUUUUACAGGAAGUUGUGAACCAAGGACUAGAACAUAAUGUUGAGAGUCAGUUAUUGAAACACUUCAAGCCUAACAGAAUUUUACAACAUCUUGGACUACACCAAUUGAUGUUAAAUUUUGUUAGCAAAAAUGAUUCUUCGGAAAUGGCACUGAAUUUUUCAGAAUUUCUAGAACUUUGUUAUCAGGAAAUGGAUCCCCAACUAUGUUCUGAAGCUGCAGCAAUAACGAUUGAACAGUCUAAUUCCGGUUUAUGGUUUGACCUGCGAUAUGCAAGAAUAACUGCAUCAAAGAUUUAUGAUGCAGCACACUGCAAAAAAUCAGAUGGUUCCCUGGUUAACCAAAUACUUGGUGUAACCAAACUUCCUGCUACAGAAGCCAUGUCUCGAGGAAAAAGGCUUGAGGAUGCUGUAAUUAAAGCUUUAGAACAAAAAUUAAAGAUGAAACUCAGUCAUAUUGGGUUACAAUUAAAUCACAGGCAUCCAAUAUUUGGGGCUUCUCCAGAUGCUAUAUCUGAAGAGUUUGUAGUUGAAAUAAAAUGUCCUCAAUCUGAGAAAACUAUUUGUAACUAUUUAACAAAAAAUAUGGAAAUUACAGCAAAUACAAAGCUCAAGUGCAGCUACAGAUGUUUCUAUGUAAGAAACAAAAAGCAUUAUUUUGUGUUGCAGAUCCUAAUUUUGAGGAAAAUUUAAAAUUUUUUGAUAUAUGGGUACCAUAUGAUGAAGAAUACAUAAAGAUGUUAAGGGGGUAUUAGUACGCUAUGGUCAAAAUAGGUGGCCAAUUUUUAAACUAACGUUUAACAGUUCUUUGAAUAGAUGGCAGCACGUAGAUAUAUUUUAUUAUUAAAUUUAGUUCUCUGAACGACACCGCAUUGAUGCCAUGUAUUGCAACUUAGGCUCGGCACAUCUCGAUCUUAAUCGUACUUUGCAUUUACAGACGACAGUUGUUAAUCCUUUCUUUACCUGCCUAGGGUAAAUUCUCAUUAAUAGAUACUAAACGUUCAUUCAUUUGGAUAUAGUUUAUUAUUUAAUAUUGUAUUAUACGGCAAUUCGUAAUUCUUUACCUGCUCAAAAGGAUUUAUUUCAAACUAAAGAAAUUUGCAAUUAUUUGAAAUACAAGUAAGUGCCUAUCUAAAUGACCAAAAAAGAAUUAUGCUAAUUCUCAGAAUGAAGAUCGAGUAUAAAAUUAGUAUUUUUAAUAAAUGUAAAAUACGUAAGUCAAUUGAAAAACAGACUCACUACAAUAACUUUUUUCAUAUUGAAUGUUUUUUCAACAGGGAAAGUUUUUUCCUCGGAAAAUUUCACAUUUUCAUUUCAUUUCUCAUUUCAACAUGCGAGGCAGAAUAAUAAUUAGCCUAAUGAACCACUUACUUAAAACAUUUUUAAAAGUAAUAUACUGCAGAAUACCUAUAUAAAAAAUGCGAAGAACAAGUAUCACGGACAAAGAUUUGAUUCCGCAAUGCCUUGCCCUUAGGCACCCGAGAGGCUCUAUUGACUGUCUAAGUGCUAUAUAUUUGUUUUAUCGACUACAAAAAGGCAUUUGAUAGAGUACAACAUGAUAAGCUGCACAUACUCAUAAAUUAUCUUGGAGGAAACUGGAUUAGAUGAUAGAUCUAAACAACAUUAGAUAUGCCGACGACGCAGUAGUUUUUGCAGAUAGCCUAGAUGAUUUGCAAAGAAUAAUGUCGCGCAUAUAAGACAUAAGUAGUGAACAUGGAAUUUCAAUACGAAAAAAAAAAAGAAAGUAAUGGUAGUCAUUAAGAGCGAAAUAUAUUACAUACACGGCUUUUGGUUAACCAACAACCAAUUGACAGAGUGGACAGCUACACAUACCUUGGUACCUACAUAAACAGUCAAUGAGACCACUCUAGUGAAAUAAAACAACGCAUAGGAAAAGCGAGAUCAGCGUUCAUAAUGAUGAAGUCUC